AUGUCUGCCAGCUCGAGCUCGUCGGGCAACAACCCGUUUGCCGCUGCUGCCGCAGUAGCGAUCACGGCUGCCACUGCUCAACUGAUCAACAUCAAGUCCCACGUUCCCGUCACGCUUGAUCUUGGCGACUCCAACUUCGGCACAUGGCGCACCUUCUUCCUCAUCGCGUUCCGCAAGUUCGGCGUCCUCGACCACAUCGACGGCACUCGGUUCGCCAACCUGAUGCUUGACGACGCCGAGUGGACGCAAAUCGAUACUUGCAUCGUCUCCUGGCUCUACACCACGCUCUCCUCCGACCUCCUCUCCGCCGUCAUCCAGCCGGCCGACGACGCCUACACCACCUUGACCGCCAUCACCGACCAGUUCCUCGACAACGUCGUGUAUCGCACUGUCCAGGCUCGUCAGCAGUUCCACGGGCUUCACCAGGGGGACAUGACGAUCACGGAGUACUGCGGCCGGCUCAAGGUCCUGACCGACACCCUCCGCGAUGUCGGUGCUCCCGUCUCCGACCCCGACCUCGUCGUCAGCCUCCUCAGCGGCCUCAACGACAAGUUCGCCAACUGCGUCACCACCAUCUCCGCCGCGCGCCCCAGGAUGACGUUUCGCCAAGCCCGGUCGUUCCUCCUAUAG